AUGUCUGAUAACCCCCAGGAGGUGAUCGAGGAGGACGUGGAGAGUCUCGUGGUGAUUAUCGUGGAGAUUAUCGUGGCCGCGGUCGGGGAGAUAUGGACCUUCCUUUCCGAGAAGGCCGUGGAGGUUUUCAAGGGGAUUCCCAGGGCUCUCGUGGCAGAGGAGGUGAUCGAGGACGUGGAGAUUCUCGUGGUGAUUCUCGUGGUGAUUCUCGUGGUGAUUCUCGUGGCGAUUCUCGUGGUGAUUCUCGUGGUGAUUAUCGUGGCCGCGGUCGCGGGGAUUCUGGAGGUCGUGGGGACUUCCGUGGUCGUGGCGAUUUCCGCGGUGGGAGAGGAGGAUUUCGUGGCGGCGGCAACCAAGGUCCACGAAUCUUCAAUCAAUGAUGGAAAUGAUACUCAUUAUACAAAACGCAGCGAGAGCAAGCCAAUCCCUACACCUGAUGCUCAGGUUGAAAAGGUCGAAAAUGAUACGGCCCAGGCCCUGGUGGGAGAGAAGAAAACAGCACUGUACCCCAACCGUCCAGGAUAUGGCACACUAGGCCAGCCUGUUACCCUGUAUGCCAACUAUAUGCCUUUCACGGCGGUCGGCAAGCCAAUCUUCCGCUACCAUGUCGCUGUUGGCAAAGACCAGGGCCGCGAGGUGCCGACCAAGAAAGCGCGUCAGAUCGUGCGACUCUUGUUAGAAGAGCACUUCGCCAAAGAGAUUAAAAACAUCGCCACCGACUAUCGAUCCACGUUGAUCUCGUGUAUCGAUCUGGGACUGGGUGGUGACCAGAAGUUCAAUGUGCGGUAUAAAGGCGAGAAUGAGUUUGAUUACCUCGAUGACCCCAAGGUCUAUAGCGUGACCGUUGGACCGACAGGCAUACUGGACCCGACAGAUCUGAUUAAUUAUUUAUCGUCAAGUAAUAUCCAAGGCCACCUGAUGCAGCAAGAGCAGAUAUUGGCGGCGAUGAAUAUUAUCAUGGGUCACCAGCCAAAGACCAACCGGUCGAUCGUCACGCUCAGCGGUAACAAACAUUACGACUUUGAUGCGGCCACUGCCGAACGGUGGUCUUUGGGUGGUGGUCUCGAGGCCUUUCGUGGUUUUUUUAUCAGUGCGCGUGCCGCCACUGCCCGGCUUCUGCUGAACGUGCAGGUCAAGUAUCUCGCGUGCUACCAGGAAGGUCCUCUGCCCAUGGUGUUUGGAGAUUAUAUGCGUACGAGUUCACGCAACCCCUAUCGUAUUGAAUCCUUUUUGAAGCGCAUGCGUGUCCGAGCCACACAUAUUGUUCGGAAGACGAGCAGUGGAAAGCCUCGUCCUCCUCAAAUCAAGAGUAUUAACGGGUUGGCGUCACCAACCGAUGGUCGUUCCGGCACGAACCCGCCUAAGGUGGCUCGUCAUGGAGCUGGUCCUUUUGAUGUUCAAUUCUUUUUGGAAGCCCCUGGCUCGAAACCGCCAGCUGCCGCGCAGCCUGCCGAGGGUAAAGGGAAAAAGGGAAAGAAGCCCGCCAAAGCAGGCCCAGCCCCUGCAGGCCAGUAUGUUUCGGUCGGUGAUUAUUUCAAGCGAGAGUACAGGAGAGACGUGGACCCAAGCUUGCCGGUGAUCAAUGUUGGUAACCGACAAUUCCCCAUGUAUCUUCCUAUGGACGUGUGUGAGGUCGAGCCUGGUCAGCCCGUGGGAACCAAGCUCUCCCCCAACCAGACAUCAGAAAUGCUGAAAUUUGCUGUGAUGGGCCGCAAACCUGCGCAGAACGCUCAGUCCAUUGUAACCAAGGGAGUGGGCAUGUUAGGACUUGGCGAGCCGUUGAAUGCCACAUUGGCUGCCUUUGGUGUCCGCGUCGAUAACAAUCUAAUUACCGUCCAAGGUCGUGUUCUGUCGCCUCCUAAAAUUCUCUAUGCUAAGCAAAAAGAGGUCUUGGCCAUGGCUGGCUCAUGGAACAUGAGAGCCAUUCAGUUCUCCAAGGCUGCGUCGCUGAAAAACUGGACAUACCUCUACCUCACGACCGACCGCGCUCGUACAUACUGGCAAAGCGGCGCUGAUAUGAUGGAGUCUCUGAGGAAGUUCACCUCGGUGCUCCGAAACAUGGGCAUUGAUGCCGAACUGCCGAAGGAAGGCCAACGCGUUUUGCUAAAUGGCAGAAACGAUGCCGAGAUUAUCGAAAAGUCUGUUCGUGAGUUGCAAGAUCGCUACAAGCCCUCUCUGAUCCUAGGUGUCUUUUACGCCAAAGAAACCACCCUUUACAAUACGGUCAAACAGGUCUGCGAUGUCCGCUGUGGUGUGCGCAACGUCAACGUACAAGCUGAGAAGCUCGCCCAGGGCCAGGACCAGUACUGUGCCAAUGUUGGCCUGAAGAUUAACCUGAAGCUCGGCGGAGGUAACCAAACCCUCAAAAACUCCGACCUUGGCUUAUUUGCAAACGGCAAGACGAUGCUAGUCGGCCUCGAUGUCACACACCCCUCGCCCGGCUCCGUAGGCAACGCGCCAAGCGUCGCAGCGAUCGUGGCAUCAGUCGAUUCCGCGCUCGCACAGUGGCCCGCCGAGGUUCGAAUCCAGGAGAAACGACAGGAGAUGGUACAGGAUCUCGACGCCCUAAUGCAGUCGCGCCUUAAGCUUUGGGCCAAGUCUAAUAAAAACAAGUAUCCAGAGAACAUCGUCGUCUACCGCGACGGUGUCUCAGAAGGCCAGUACAACCUUGUCAUCGAAAAGGAACUCCCACUCCUCAAGCGUGCCUGUGAAGCCGUCUACCCAGCCUCUGACACCAAGCGUGGUCUCCCAGCUAUGUCCAUCAUCAUCGUCGGCAAGCGCCACAACACCCGCUUCUAUCCGACCAACGAUGCUGAAGCUGAUCGCUCCGCGAACCCCAUGCCGGGUACUGUCGUUGACCGCGGUAUCUCCGAGUCCAAGCACUGGGACUUCUUCUUGCAGGCCCACUCCGCACUUCAGGGAACUGCCCGCCCGGCCCACUACUUCACUGUCUGGGAUGAGAUCUUCUCCCCCAAGAACCCGGGUGGCAGUGGAACCCGAAACGCAGCUGACACUCUUCAAGAUCUGACCCAUAAGAUGUGCUACCUCUUCGGCAGGGCGACGAAGGCAGUCAGUGUCUGCCCGCCUGCGUACUAUGCGGAUUUGGUCUGUACACGUGCCCGAUGCUACCUCAGUGAUCUCUUUGAUCCUAGUAUGGCUUCGGCAACGGAGGAGAGUGUUGCUGGGACCGAGGGCCGCGGACAGCCUGAUUGGGAUAAUGUCCUUGUCCAUCCUAAUGUGAAGGAUACUAUGUUUUACAUCUGA